AUGGCGCCGAGCCUGACUGCCAGACCGUCCCCCCUUCCAUCUCCUCGCCUCUCCUUCGCCAAGAACCAUCGCCUCCUCCUCGGCGUCAGGUGCGGCUCCGGCUCGCCCGGAAGCGGCGGUGACGACGCAUCGCCGGUCGUCAGGGCGGCGGUCAGCGCCGUCACUGAGCUCAUCAGGGCCCUCUCUCCCAAGAAGCCAAGGCAAGCUGUCGAAGCCGUCGACGCAGAGUCGGAGUCGCUUCGCAGCGUCGACGACGUGGUGGCUGUUCUUGAAGCCGACUACCGGCGUGCUUAUUUCCUUACUGGGAACUUCACUCUGGGCAUAUAUGCUGAAGAUUGCUUGUUUGAAGACCCGACGAUAAAGUUCCGUGGAAGGUCUAGAUACUCCCAGAAUCUGGAUUUGUUAGUGCCCUUCUUCGACAGCCCUUCGCUCCAACUUGAAAACAUAGACAAGGGUUCGAGGGUCGACACAAAGUUUAUCAUAGCAACAUGGACAUUAAGGACGUAUUUGAAGCUCCCGUGGAGGCCCCUCAUCGCCAUAAGAGGGAACACAACAUACGAUUUAGAUGAAGAAUAUAAGGUUGCACUAUGUUUCAGGUCGUUAGGCACGCAGAGAGUUGGGACGUCUCUCCGCUGGAAGCGAUUGGACAGUUAUUCAUCUCGGCUCCAAAGCAAACGGGCAGCUGAGCUGGCAAGUGAACUUUGGAACAAUUGA